CUUCACUCCGAGCUUCGACUCCAGACCGGUCAACAUGUCUUCGGGCUGGUCAGCGAACGACCACAAGAGUUACACGAACCCCCCCGCAGGGGGAGUGAAGCGGCCGAGAGCGGAGUCCGGAAACAGGGUGACUGUGGUUCUCGGCGCUCAGUGGGGAGACGAAGGCAAAGGGAAAGUGGUCGAUUUACUGGCUACAGAGUCUGACAUCGUUUGCAGAUGUCAGGGAGGAAACAAUGCAGGCCACACAGUGGUGGUCGAAGGGACAGAGUAUGACUUCCAUCUCCUUCCCAGUGGCAUCAUCAGUACCAAAUGCAUCUCGCUCAUUGGCAAUGGAGUAGUCAUUCACCUUCCUGGACUGUUUGAAGAGAUUGACAAAAAUGAGAAAAAAGGCUUGAAAGGAUGGGAGAAAAGACUCGUCAUCUCUGAUAGAGCUCACAUAGUGUUUGACUUCCAUCAGGCUGUGGAUGGAAUGCAAGAAGUCCAGAGACAAGCACAGGAAGGCAAAAACAUAGGAACAACUAAGAAAGGUAUUGGACCUGCUUACUCCUGCAAGGCUUCUCGCACCGGACUUCGCAUCUGUGACCUGCUAGCAGAUUUUAAAGAGUUUUCUGCCAGGUUCAAAAACCUUGCACAGCAGUACCAGUCCAUGUACCCAGGUCUUAAAAUCGAUGUUGACGGUGAGCUGAAAAAACUGAAGGAGUAUGCAGAGAGAAUAAGACCCAUGGUGAGGGACGGUGUAUAUUUCAUGUAUGAUGCAAUUAAUGGACCCCCAAAGAAGAUCCUUGUAGAGGGUGCAAAUGCUGCCCUCCUAGACAUUGACUUUGGAACCUAUCCAUUUGUGACAUCAUCCAACUGCACCGUUGGUGGGGUGUGUACUGGGCUUGGCAUCCCCCCCGCAAACAUUGGAGAUGUGUAUGGAGUGUCGAAAGCCUACACGACUAGAGUGGGCAUUGGGGCUUUCCCAACGGAACAGCUCAAUGCUAUAGGGGAGCUGUUGCAGACACGAGGUCAUGAAGUGGGUGUAACCACUGGCAGGAAGAGACGCUGUGGCUGGCUAGAUUUGGUCAUCCUCAGAUAUGCGCACAUGAUCAACGGAUUCACAGCUAUUGCUUUAACUAAACUGGACAUCCUUGAUGUACUUGAUGACAUUAAAGUGGGUGUUGCCUACAAACUGAAUGGCAAAAGAAUUCCCCAUUUUCCAGCUAACAUGGAGGUCCUGCAGAAAGUCGAAGUAGAGUAUGAGACUUUCCCUGGCUGGAAAACUGACACCUCAGCAGCCAGGAAAUGGAAUGAUCUGCCUCCCAAAGCCCAGAAUUACAUCCGCUUUGUGGAGAACCACAUUGGUGUUCCUAUUAAGUGGGUGGGCGUUGGCAAGUCCAGAGAAUGCAUGAUACAGAUGUUCUAGAGUGUCUGCCUCCACUGACAUCAGGAACGUCUAUCAACAACAUGCGUCACCUCUCAGGAAAAUCGCUGGCAAUCUCACUAAUGUCACAGUCACUGGACUGGCAUUCACAAAUGCUGUGUGUAGACAUGAGACUUGAGACAGAACAGUGGGAUUUUGUCUAAGUAGUUGGCAUUAUUUGACUGAGUUGACAUGUUUGACAAGUAAGUUUUCACUUGAUAAUACACCUUUCUCUUGAUAAGGGUUAAGCUAUCUGACCUCUAAUAGGGGGUUGUGUCCAGGCAUUAUUUUAUUCAAAUAUUGUGCAAUUUUUUUCUUCUUGGAUCAAAAUGAAGGCCAUUUACACAUAAAAUACUUGCGGGCAUGUGUGUCUGUGUAACUGUGCGUAUGUGUGUGUGUGUGUGUGUAAGAGGCUGGGUGCAGAAGAUCAAACUAUUAAAAACGUCAGUAUUGUCCACUUCUUUGAAAAUCUUUGAGCUAGAGAUAUUGUUGACCCUGUUUCACAAAAUCUUGCAGUGGUUUUCAUGUGGCAUGACACUUGCUUUCAUUUGUAUUUCAUAUGAAGUUAAACUACUGACAUUUUGUCGUGUUGUAUCAUGUUAGCUCUGACUUUUGUGAAUCACGUUUGUGACUUGCAUUUAUUUACUCCAGCAAUCUCAGGAUCACAUUUACUCCCCUUUGAGUGCUAUUGCAUGAAAUGGCUUAGUUAAGAGUACAUAAUAUGAGAUCAUGUAUGCUGUCUGUUAUAGUUUUUCUUCAUUCAUUUUCCUGACAUUGUUACUCUUGAAUAAACGUUUCUCACAGUUUUGUUUCAUAUCAGAUUUUAGGUUAGACAGGACAUCAGUGACGCUGCUUCAGAAAUAGAUACUGACAGAACAUUCUGUUCCACUGUCCUUUGCCAAGAUUAUCUGAGCUGGCCUGCCAGUGGCCCUAAGGAUGGCAGUAAAACACCAGACGCUACUUAAGUCGCCCCCCCCACCGUACAAAGGUUUCCUCUGGUUGGACAUCAGUGAUUACAUUCUAAUAAAUCCAGGUCAGGUAUCGGAGUGAUACUUCCUCACAGUUAAGGAAUCAUUUGAUAAUGACCGUAUGCAGCUUUUCAAAGCAGCAAGAAAUUUGUGCCAUGCAGUUUGAAAUAUUAAAAUUUUGGGCAAGUAUUGUGAGACAUCUAUGGGAAAAACUGGCUGGAAUUUUAAUCAUAAAAAAAAUUACCACGGUGCUUAUAAUCAGCUGUCCAAUAUCAAGGGCAUACAUAGGCGACUCCGGGGAGUGCAAAUAGAGAAAAUUGCUUAGAAUAUAUAAAAAACAUCUUGAACAUUGACUGCUGCAUGCACUGCUGUGGCAAUCAGAAAAACCUGUGGUCGGUUUCAAACUUUCCUUUUACUCCUUUUACUAGUUAAGACAUGACUUUACUCCGUAAGUCAUGUCUUAACUAUUAACGACUAACUUAACUAAUGCAUAUGUGACUUUAAGGUGACGGUAACAUCAGAACUGAUCUAUAAACCCACUGCCAUUGAAACGCGACGGCAGCCUUCUGUGACUUUAAGUGAUGUAACCAGCAUAGAAGAAAACGAUGUGCACAAGUUAAACUGAAUAAACGAAUUAUCUACA